AACACCACAAAUCAACACCUGCAAUUGUUUCACCGCUCUUGUUCCUCUUCGGUUGUGCAUCGACAUCAGGGAUUUUCUGUGUGUUGUGUUCCAUCCGCAUCGCAACUUUACGAUUUUGUUUUUUUAAUUUUGAAUCGAUUUUUAUUUUGUGUUUUUGUGCUGUAUGUAAGAGAAAAGAAAAACCAGUGCGACUUGUUCAGAGAUCGAUUUUUUCACUAACGAAAUAAAAAAUAGAUCUCUGGCGUUUACUGUGACUCAGGUGUUUUGUGGAUAAUUUACGCACUACAGGAAUGAUAUCAGGGCGUUCAGGUGGCGAACAUGUGAUGCGCCGCGAUGCCCACUCUGUCCGCGGCGCUUGAGCAAAGUGUCGGCGGCCGCAUCGAGCGGCAGACAGCAUCAGCAGCAGCGUCGUCAGCAGGAGCGGGAUCCUCGUCGACGGUCCAGGUCGACAUGAGCCCCGAGCAAGAGGCCAGCCCACCCCCAGCCGCACCGGGAGCAUCUCCGCCACCGCCUCCAACGCGUUUCCCCUCGCCCGCCAUGUCCACGCCACAGGAAAACGCCAGCUCGGAUGUGGAGCAGUUCGCCGGCAAGAUCGUGUACAAUCCGGAUGGGUCCGCAUACAUCAUCGAGGACUCGGAAAGCGACAGCGAGAGCGUUGCGGGCCAGAACACCGCCGUGCCCGAAGUGGUGCCGCCGCUGCAAGCCGUCUACGUGUCGCGACUGCUCCGUCAGCCCGCGCGACCCACGGAGUUGCCCGCCGUGCACAGCUACCGCGUGGUCGCGCUGAGGGACGCGAGACCCCCGAGACCGGCCUCCGUGCCCGUCAAACCCAUUCUCAUGUGCUUCGUGUGCAAGUUGUCCUUCGGAUUCGCGCGCUCCUUCGCCAACCACGCACAGUCCGAGCACGGCGUCACCCUCAAGGAGAACGAACGCGAGGUGCUGGCCGCCGAUUGUUCCGCGAUCCUGCAGUGCGUCGGUCCGGAGAAGAGGCCCAUGGUCUCGCUGCUCGAGCCGCUCGGCAACACGUCGCUCGAGAACCACUCAAACUCCCAAAUAGUUCCUGUUAGUUCCGUACAAAGCAACCGGCAGCCGCAGCCGCAGCUGCGCAACGAGGGCCCGUCGCCCACGUCCGAAACGCCGCCCUGUUCCUCAUCGCGGAACACGCCGGGCAAAUCGCCCUCACCUCCCUUCGCACCUCCGCCCGCCUUCAUGACCGGAACCACGAUAGGUGUCUGUCCCGAGCACUUGCAGGGUCGGCCUUCCGGUGUGGAAUGUGGGCGCUGCGAGAUGAUUCUCGCCUCCGGCCGACUAGGACCCGCCGGUCUUGCCAACGUACACAGUAGAAACUCAUGUAAAACGCUUAAAUGUCCCAAAUGCAAUUGGCACUACAAGUACCAAGAAACGCUCGAGAUCCACAUGAAGGAGAAGCACCCCGAGGCCGAGACCAGCUGUAUCUAUUGUAUAGCGGGGCAGCCUCAUCCGCGGUUAGCACGCGGCGAAACCUACACCUGCGGGUACAAACCUUAUCGUUGCGAAGUCUGCAACUAUUCAACGACAACCAAAGGCAACCUUAGUAUACACAUGCAGUCUGACAAGCAUCUCAACAACAUGCAAGAACUACAAAACGGCGGUGCGCCCAAUACCGAUUCCCGGCAGUCAUCACCAAAGGCACCACCACUGCACCACUCUCCAGUAUCCAGCGGCCACAAGCCCAAACCUAGCUUUAGAUGUGACGUUUGCAACUACGAAACGAACGUCGCCAGAAACCUCAGGAUUCACAUGACCUCAGAAAAACACACCCACAACAUGCUCGUGCUGCAGCAGAACGUUAAACACAUGCAAACCCUGUCGGCGCUCCACCAUCAGCAACACCCCCAGCAGCACAUGGAGAGCCUGUACGGCAUGUACCCCGGCCUGGGCGACAAACCGGAAGCCGCCCUCGCCGACAUGGCCUACAACCAAGCCCUGCUCAUACAGAUGAUGACCGGCGGCCCGAUACCCGGCCACGCCGGCCCCGCCGACAUGGGCCAACACUCCGACCUAGGACUCAACCCCGAAACCAUGGAACCGCCGCCGGAACCGGCGGACCCGGACCCCGAAAAAACCUACCAAUGCUGCGUGUGCAAUAUCUUCACCACCGACAGCCUGGAAGAGCUGGGCAGACAUCUGGCGCUAGACCGGACGCGACUGCGCGAGCAGGAAAUCCUCGCCGUCGUAGCCGGCCACUACGUCUGCAAACUGUGUACGUACAAAACCAACCUCAAAGCCAACUUCCAACUGCACUGCAAGACUGACAAACAUCUACAGAGACUGCAACACGUCAAUCACGUAAAAGAGGGCGGACUUCGCAACGAAUGGAAACUGAAAUACGCCUCGGCGCCCGGCGGCGUACAAAUACGCUGCAACGCCUGUGAUUAUUACACCAAUUCGGCCCAUAAAUUGCAAUUGCACGCGGCGGCCGGCCGUCACGACGCCGGUGUCGCGUUACUCAAACAUCUGAUGGACCGGUGCUCGACGUUGCGGACGGAUCAGCCGCGCGUCUUCCACUGUUCGUUGUGCGGCUUCUCGGCCGCCAACAGGUUGCCGUUGUUGCAACACGUCAAGUCUAUCAAGCAUCUACACAUGGAGCAGCUGCAUCAGCUGCAGCGACGAGCCGAGGGCAAGGACACCUCGCCGGAAAUCAGCGAGGUUUUCCAUGUCGUCCCAGGACCCAUCGACCAACAAGACAUGAAGCCAGAACGCCGGGAUAGCACCAAUUCGGAAUUGAGCCAACAAGAGUCUGCCCGUUGUGAGCAAGUGAAGUGCGAGCCCCGCGAAGACAACGACGAGAUGAACAACAGCGAGACGGGCGCUUCGCAGCACGUGUGUCCGUUCUGCGACUACAGCAGCGAUUCGGAGAUGAGGAUACAGGCCCACGUUUUGGCCCAGCACGGCACCAACAAUGCCGCAAUCAACGAGCCAAUGAUGAACUGUCCCCUAUGCCAAGACGUAUUCAAAGAUCGGGUAACAUUAGAAAGACACGUAAUGCAGAUACAUUCGGUCAAUAGUGAAGGUUUGCAAAGAUUGUUGAUGCUGGUCGAUCAGAGUCAUUGGUUGAACCAAGCCUCCAGGACGCCCACACCCAACAAUUCUUCAAAUCAAAUUCAGACAACACCAAAUCAGACUGUUUCACCGACGUCCGUGUCUUCCAAGGAUAUCAAGUUGGAGAAGAGCGACUCCAGCAGUCACACGGAGGCCGAGCCAGACAUGAUGUCGCCGGGCAGCGUCGACGAUGCGGACAACGCAGAGUCCGAACGUUGUGGCACGUGUCUGAAGACUUUCAGAAACAUUGACGAGUUGUGUCUGCAUCAGAACGAGACCGGUCAUUUGGAAAUCAAACAGACACCCAAUGGACCCGGCUAUAUGUGCUGGAAGAAAGGAUGCAAUCAAUUUUUUCCAACUGCCUACUCGUUGCAGAUGCACUUUAAGGAAAUUCACGCCAAGAAUUCGAUUGCUAACAUGUCAGUAUCAGAGAAGCAUGUGUACAAGUAUCGGUGCAAUCAGUGCUCCCUUGCAUUCAAAACGUUGGAAAAACUGCAGUUACAUUCUCAGUAUCACUUGAUCAGAGACGCGACCAAGUGUGUUUUGUGCGGCCGCAGCUUUAGAUCUCUUGUGGCGUUGCACAAACACGUUGAGAGCGUCCACUCAGAGCUCACCGACGAAGAAUUGAACGCUUACAAGCAAAGCUUAAUGAAUAAUCCGCUGCUGUUGGCCGGAUUACAAGGCCAAGUACUCGACAGCUCGACGAAUGACAUACUGAAAAAGGAGACCAUGCGUUGCGACGACAUCGAGUCUGCCGAGUGCGACGACAGCAAAGAGUUGAACACAACGCAGGAUGAUAUUAAUCAGAACGAUGGCGAAAACUCGGACGAUAGUAUCGUCUAUAAAGAUCAGCAAUUCUUGGAAGACUACCUGAAUAGCCAAGCAAUCGCCGAGGACAGUUACAAUGACCCUAAUAGGAAAUACAAAUGCCACCGGUGCAAAGUUGCGUUCACAAGACAAAGCUAUCUCACCGCUCACAAUAAAACCCUUUUGCAUCGAAAGGGCGAGAAACUAAGUUACCCGAUGGAAAAAUACCUCGACCCCAAUAGACCAUACAAAUGUGACGUCUGCAAAGAAAGUUUCACUCAGAAAAACAUUCUGCUUGUGCACUACAAUUCCGUCAGCCACCUGCACAAAUUAAAGCGUGCCAUGCAAGAACAACAGAACAACAACAACAACCCGCCGAUCUCGCCAGUCACCGGCUCAACCCAACCGCAGAAUUUGACAUUAACCCCGAAAAGUACGUCGUCAGAAGAGGAUGACAAGAAGCGGUACCGUUGCAAUAUUUGUAAAGUGGCGUACACGCAAGGCAGUACUUUGGACAUUCACAUGCGAAGCGUAUUGCAUCAAACUAGAGCGAGUAAAUUGCAAGACCUGGCGAUGGCGGGGCAAAUAGACCUGUCGAAACCUCUAAUCGAGCAGCCAGAAGCCAUGCAGUCUCCGAAGCAGUCCAGCCCCGCGCCAGGUAGUGGGGACAACAAACAACCCUCUCCCAGCACCCCACCAUCCCCCGGCCUCUCAGGUAGUCAAGGGAUGAUGGGCUGCCCGAAAUGCGGCGCCUUGUUCAGUUCACAAGACCAGUUGAGCGCACACCAGCAGUUGUACUGCAUGUUCUCUCAGCCGAUGGCGAUCUUCCAAGCGGCACAUGAACCUGGCCAAGCUAAGAGCCCGUCGCCGGGCGAACAAGACACAAUGAACACCGUCAGACUGAACAUACCCAAGAAAACUGGAUCUCACAUGUACAAGCACUUAUUGGAAAGCUUCGGUUUCGACCUAGUGAUGCAAUACAAUGAAAGUCAUCAAAGACGUCAAAAACAACUUCAGAGAGAGGCUGAGGAGAAAGCUCAAGAGCAAGCGGCUGCAGCGGCGGCAGCGGCGGCCAACGCCGCCUCCGCCAAUCCCAGCCCGAUGGAGGUGUCCCAGGAAGCCGUCGAAGAAAAGUCAGCCGCCGUGCCGAGCGCAGCCGCCUCCGAGGAGGACGCGGAGAACACCUUACCCGAAGUAAGUAAAUCCACGUGCCAACAUUGCAAUAAAGAGUUCUCUAGUGUGUGGGUGUUAAAGUCACACUGUGAAGAAGUUCAUAAAGAUUUAGUGCCACUCGAAUUCUUAGAAAAGUAUGCUCAACAGUUCAAAAACGAAUACGAAAAGAAAUCCGUGGUGGUGACGGCGGCGACAUCGUCAACACUGAGCAGCCUGCCGAGGGUCUCAACGCCCAGCGGUGCCACUCCAACGACAACCGCCGCCUCCAGCACCAGCCCCGCCGAGGGUGCUACCCCGGAAAAAGAUGACGAAUCAAAGGAAGCCCUACACGCCAAACUCAACCUCCAAACACCUCCGGAGGCCACGUCUACAGCUCCGUCUACGCCGACGUCUUCGACGACGCCGGCCAGCAUUACCGACUCUCUACCGGCCAACAUCCAAGCGAUGAUCGCACAAAGCAUGGCCCAGAAUAUGUCCCAAAAUCCGAUGGCACUGGCACAACAAGUGACCGAAAUGCAAGCCGCGUUGAGUGUUAUGCAAUUACAACAGCUCAAUUUUAACCCGAUGAUGCAAAUGAUGGGCAUGGGACUGCCGUUGGGUUUGAACGCGUUGGCGGCUAUGAAUUUACAACCGCCACUUGUGCCGAUGAUGAUGCCUCCGCCGCCCUACGAUCCAAUUUCACAAUUCGGACCUCAAGAUCAACAAGCGCUGAUGGCCAAACAGCAAGCAAUGAUGCAGCAACAAGCGGCCGUAAACGCUGCUGCCAACCAGAAACGUGCAAGGACUCGCAUUACGGACGACCAGUUGAAAAUUUUGCGUGCUCAUUUCGAUAUAAAUAAUUCACCGUCGGAGGAGCAAAUUCACGAGAUGGCUACCCAGAGCGGCCUGCCGCCCAAAGUCAUAAAACACUGGUUCAGGAAUACGCUGUUCAAAGAGAGGCAACGCAACAAGGACAGUCCAUACAACUUUAAUAACCCACCAUCGACCACUCUUAAUUUAGAGGAGUACGAAAAGACCGGCGAAGCUAAAGUCAUGCCCUUGAACAGCUCGGGGAGCAGCACUGAAAUACACGAUAAGAGUGCCACACCCCCAAUGCAACCCGAAAUUAAGUCGGAAAUGAAGGAAGAACCCAUUGAUGAAUCAAAAUAUCAAGAAGAUAAACUUCAGGAAUUAUUAGAUGAAAAACCAAGCCUCAACUUGUCCUCGAAUAUGCAACACCCCCAAAGCCCUGCAACUUCAGUUGCUAGCUCAGACAAUCAAAGUGUGUCUUUACCAAGCACUCCAAAUAAUCUUACAUUGACUUCUAUAAUUGCAUCUCAGUUGGGAGACACUUUAACAACAAGCACUCCGACGAUGAACAUGUCCACUGGUUCAUCACACCACGGUCUGACCAGUCCUAUGUUGCCACCUCCCAAAAUGAACCAACAAGGCUUCAACACACCGAACAACAUCCAAGGAAUGUUGCCAAUGACUCCGAACAGAUGUCUUAGCCCCAAUCGCGACUACAACAGUCAGUGUUCGGGCGGAACCACAGGCAAAAGAGCCAACCGAACCAGAUUCACCGAUUACCAGAUUAAAGUGUUGCAAGAAUUCUUCGAAAACAACGCAUACCCCAAAGACGAUGACCUGGAGUACCUCUCCAAACUACUGAAUUUGAGUCCAAGAGUGAUCGUAGUUUGGUUCCAAAACGCCCGCCAGAAGGCACGCAAAGUUUACGAGAACCAACCCGCAGUGGAACCAGCCCAAGGCACCGUCGAUGAAGCUGGAGCCAACCGUUUCCAACGGACACCCGGCUUGAACUACCAAUGCAAAAAAUGCUUGCUAGUAUUCCAAAGAUACUACGAACUGAUCAGACAUCAAAAAACUCACUGUUUCAAGGAGGAAGAUGCCAAGAGAUCGGCACAGGCUCAGGCGGCUGCCGCCCAAAUAGCUGCCGUUUUGAGCUCUGAAGACUCCAACUCGAGCACGACUGUGGAACCAACCCAACAGCCGCAACAACAACAACAACAACAAGGACAAGGACAAGUACAACAGCAAAACGUGUCAAUGCCCAAUUCUGCUCCAAGCCCCGGUCAACCAAAUCCUCCGACAACUCCGACGCCCGGAAGUGUGAACUACCCCGCAUCUUCACCUUCUCCUUCUGAUUCCAAAGAGGGGUCGUUUCAGUGCGAUAAAUGUAACUUAGUUUUUCCCAGAUUUGACUUGUGGCGUGAGCAUCAGUUGGUGCACUUCAUGAAUCCCAAUUUGUUCCCAAGUUAUCCUCCGGAUUCUCCGUUUGGAAUACUCCAACAACACGCUCAGUUGCAACAAUUGAACGCUAAUCUAAGCGGCGGUGGUGAGAUCAAGAGCAGCACCCCUAAUUCGCAACAUCCCUUAUUGAACAUGUUCAAUAACGUUGGACAGAAAAGAAAGUUGGAAAUGGAGUUUGAUGCUGAAAGUGACACUUCCUGCAAUGAUCAACCAAAAGACAAAAGAUUGAGAACAACUAUUUUACCGGAACAACUUGAUUACUUGUACCAGAAGUAUCAAAUUGAGAGCAAUCCUUCUAGGAAAAUGUUGGAGAACAUCGCCAGCGAAGUUGGUUUGAAGAAACGUGUUGUGCAAGUGUGGUUCCAAAAUACUAGAGCCAGAGAAAGAAAGGGGCAAUUUCGUGCUCAUGCACAAGUAAUCAACAAGAGGUGCCCGUUUUGCCCUGCUUUGUUCAAGGUGAAAUCAGCUCUUGAGUCCCACUUGACAACGAAGCACGCCGACCAAUGUGCAAGGGGUGAAAUCAAUAUUGACGCCCUGCCCGAUGAAGAAGCCAGCCUUGAGUCAUCACCCAGCUUGAGCUCUGGCGGUGACAACAAGUUAUUUCAGCAGAACCCGAACAUGAUGCCUCCGACUUUUCCUGCCUUGAAUGCGGAAAUGGAAAGUUCAAUCAAGAAGUACUACGAAGAGAGUAUGAAACGUUACAUAAGCGAGCUACAAGCACACGCAUCUUCAUCCAACGGGGACAAAUCCGAAAUCAAAUCUGAGAAAGAAGAAGGAGAAAUCCCUUUAGACUUAUCGAAACCAGUAGACUUAUCCAGGCCAAUAAAAUUGUCAAUGGACCAUGAGCGCAGCAUGUGCGAACCCGGUCCAUUCACCGAUCUCAGCGAACGAUCUCUGUGUGAUGAACGAAGCGAUUCCAUGUCCGAGACGAAUGAGUUUUUUGACGAUGAAAGUAACCCUACUUCUCCAGCAAGCAGCACGCAAAGCAAUACGAAGCAAGCGAACUCUAGCGGCAUGAAUACGAAGCGAUUUCGUACCCAAAUGUCCUCCUUGCAAAUAAAAAUAAUGAAGUCGUUGUUUGCUGAUUACAAAACGCCCACGAUGGCGGAGUGUGAAUCUCUGGGCCGCGAAAUCGGACUGCCAAAACGGGUGGUACAAGUCUGGUUCCAAAACGCGCGCGCCAAAGAGAAGAAAAGUAAGGUUGCUUUACAGAAAGUCUUGGGUGUCGACCAACCCGUUCAAGAGGAAGGCAAAGAACCAACACCGGAGGAUUGCAAGUUCUGCAACUUCAAGUAUUCACACAAGUACUCGGUACAGGAUCACAUCUUCACGAAAAGUCACAUUGCCAACGUCAGGAUGCACUUGGAGAACGCCAAAGAGGAGUGCAAGGAACUCGGCGAGUUCACGGUGCCGCCGUUGCCGGGCGUUUCUGGUGCGGUCAAUGCCGAUUCGACGACAAAUCCGACGCAGAAUCUCAACAACAACACGCACCUGCAACUGCUGCAGAUGGCCGGCAUGCAAGUGCCCAACCAGAAAGAGGAGGAGAGUCAGGAGACGCUGUUCCAGCAACUCUACUCGCUCGGCAACAACAGCAACUUCGGGGUCCAGAACCAAUAUGUCCACCAUUCCAUGUUCGGCUCUAACGGAGGGGCCGGAGGACUUCUUCUAGACACCGGUGCCGGGCCAUCGUUCCUGCCACUGCCCGCUCCGGUACUCGAGCAGGUGGCCGCAGGCAACUCUGAGCCCGGUGUGACCACCCUGAAGCUGCCCGACUCGUUCCCGAAACCGUGCGACGCGUCGAUCCGCGAGACCGACCUGGAAGUCUGUUUCGUGUGCAAGAAAUGCCGUCUGGCCUUCCCCGGCGAGUCGUCGCUGCUGACGCACCAGCGUCAGUGCUACGGGCCGAACCAGGAGUCGAGGGGCGCGUUCCGCAUCGUCCAGACGGGCUACGAGUGCAAGACCUGCAAUCAGGGUGAGAAAUUUAAGAGUGUGGCGGAGGUGAGGAAACACUGCGACGGCAAACAGCAUCAGGGCGGUGCUGGGGACGCGACGCCGGCGCCGCCCGAGUCGCCCCUCAGCCACGAGAUGGAGGACGUGGUCAAUCAGAUCACGUUGCUGGCGGCGCGGGCGGCUCAGGAGACCGGCACCGUGGACUCGAACUCGAACAGUUUCUGUCAGCCGUCGGAGCCGAAACGUCGGUUCCUGAGUCCGGGCGACGUCGCGCAACCUCUCACCAGCGCCGGACACUAAAACACGGGCUAACUCUAAGCACCACCUUAAUAAAAAAACAAAACGAAACCACCGCAUACCUAAUGGAAAAUGACGAGCGACAAGCGAUACAAAUUACAACUGAAAAAAUUGGAAAACUAACUGAAGAAGAACGUUUUACAGCUGUACCAUAUAUUUUUAUCAUGUUACGUUAUGUUUACUUUAUUGUAGAUGUGUCAGUGUAGUUGUGUAUAUGUUGUAUAGUCGAGUAGGUCGAUGAUUCCUAUUGCAACGUAUAGUUACUAAAAUUUAAAUGAAACAAAACAUGAGUUGAUCACCCCGGUCGCGUUCGAACAAUGGCACGGCUUAGGACGCGGCCAGGGGCUGGAGUUCCUCGGGAAUUUUACUAUUUCUGUGUAUAUCAAAAAAAAAAAAAGAAGUAAAAACUAGUAAACUAAACAAGAAAAAACUGCGACAUAAAAUGUUCCUAUCGAGAUGUAGAUAAGCUGCAUGCGGCACCCACGAAUCGGAGGAGCGCUCCAGGGCCCUCUUCUGCGGGCAGCCAGUAAAACAAGUUCCUAUCGGGUCGCGUUCGACAGUUCCUCAAACAACUCGCAACGGACGCGCCCGCUUUUUUAUUCAUUAUUAUUAUUAAAUUAUUACAAAAAUACUUUUAUUAUUAUUAUUAAUACACUAAUUAUUAAAGUUGAUAAGGCAAAUGCUGUAUUUAUCAUAUGUAUAUGUAUAUGUAACUGAAUAUAUCAGCUGGUACUUAGGAAAAAUUAAACACGGGCGAAUCCUAUCUAAACCCAUUUUGUGCAAAACAAAAAUUAAAACAAGAAACAUGAAUCACCACUUGAAAAAAAAAAAAAAUGAAAAUGAAGCCCUUGUGCCAGCAGUCAAAUUGGUUCCUACUAAUUAAUAAUAAUCGAUACGGUGUUUAAGUAAUAAUAUAGUUAUGUUUUAAAAAAUAAAAGUUGGUUUUCACCGGCAUUGUACGUAUAUAUAGUAGUAGAUAUAUAUUUAAAAUUUUAAAUAUAUUCUAGGUUUACGUAUCCAAAAUAACUCAAAAUGGGAAAUACCUCGGUAUGACCUGCCUCGCAUUUUAGUGAGUUUCUUUGGAACUAAGUGUGAUUGUUGAUAUAGAGCGAAGCGGACUGACGGGCCAAGUUUGUAGACCCCCCAAGCAAACUACUAGCAGCUAACCCUUCCACCGACCCAACUACAUCCCCCCAAUCCGAGAACUUGACCUGUCACCCGCUGAUUCGCAACUAGCAUUGCUAAGUGAAUGUGACACGUGGGUUACCCACUCUGACGUAUUACACGAUUAUUAUUACUAUUCAUAUUAUAUUUAUUAUUAUUGCUAUGUAUAGAGUCAGUGUGUAUUUAUUACAUAUUUGUUUUCUAGUACUGCUGGACAUUCGAUUGUCCAAAACGUGGUUCCUAAUAUAUUUCAUAUCGCAAUUUUAUCGAGGGAAGCAGGAUAAUACAAUACUGUUGAAAUUUGUAUGUUUUCUAUUUCGUUUUACUUUUAUAUACCUCGAAACAACAAAAAUUAUUGAACGAAGGUGUGUUAGACCAUCAGGAGCAAUUUCCGGCGAUUAGACAAUACUCAUUUACCUGCAAUAAAAAUUGAUACUAAUACUCUUGGCAUUUCUCUCACUCAUACAUUGCCGCCGCUUUGGAACCAGCUCACGCAUUUGACUAAACGAUUUUUUUAUCGAUUAAAAUUACGAAAUCAAACUGGAAAAGUUCCUAUUCGAGUUCCGGAGUGGCGGCAACCUUUGGCUUACUGUAUUUACAAAGAUGCUCUCUUAAUAACACUUUCUUCCCCUUCUCCAUCCUCGCUUGGCAUGUUCCCCGCUUUAUUUUACCACUUUGUUUAGUUGUCCCGCUUUAAAUAACAUUGUGACUGGGUUUUUUUGUUGACGAAACUUGUGUGCAAUGCCCAAGGACCAACGUCCUUGAUAAAUUAACCCGAACAGGAACCCAAUCACCGAUUAUUUAAACCUUAUUAUUAGUGACAUUUUGAUUUUGAUUAAAAGAACAAGCGUUUUAUUUUUUAUUUUGGAAUUUUGAAUUUGUUUUACUGGUCCUUACCCAAUAUGCACGUGUUUUGUACAUAUAUUUUUAUUGUUGUUCGGUGCCAAAAAAUUUUUUUUGGAACCCAUUUUGUUAUGUUUUGAGUUCUGCGUGCAGACAUCUCGCGAUUUAUUUUUAGUUUAUCCCAGUCGGCCCAUGUUAUUUUGUUGAUAUAGUUUAAAGCCGACGAAUUUGUAGCCAGUAUAGAGAAAGGAACAUAUUUUGAUAUUGCAUCUUUGUAAAUAUGAACAGGUCAGACGAACUUAGUAUCUAAGUGUUGACUCCAUGUAUAAAUUAUUUUUUAGCAUUUACUUUACGAAAUGUUUAUAUGUUUUUUCCCGUAAGACUUGACAAACAGUGAUUUUAGGUUAAGUUUUACAUAACUCUGAUUAAUUUGAUAAUUAAUUUAUUUUUUGUGAUGUACAUAUUUUAUUUAAGAUUUAUUUUUAAAACAGACUGUGUAUGUUUGAGAGAGAGUGAGCGCUUUGCUGUUUUUUCGCUAUAACGCCGCUAUAGACUAAAAAAAAUGAAAGAGGAGAUAUCUCAAUCGUUAUGUAUUGUUAUGCAAAAAUUUUGUUUUUUAAUUUUACUACAAAACAGUGUUCUCAAAACUAAUUUAAUUUUCUUAUGUACUGAAGGGAAUGUUUUAUUUGUUUUAUAUACACGAAAAAAUCAAUCAUGAAUGUUUUUUUUUUUUUUGAAAAAAUAUGAAACUGAGAUGAAUAUUAAUAAUAAUAAUUACUAGGUAAAUGUUUGUAUCCUACGGCUUUAGCCGCUCUCAUUUUGUGAGUGUAUAUGAAAGUCAAAUAAACUACAUAGUUUAUCAUA